GGCGGUAUGGUGCCGUUAACCCUUUGUUAAAAUGUUUUAAGAAUGCAUAUAAUUAUUAAUCUUUUUACCCCCCUAAAACUAAAAGAAGCCAAUAUUCACUGUUUAGUUGAUUGUUAUGGAAAGUGGAGACCAAUAUGGGCCUGCGUUGCCACCAGAAUCUAGCUAGAGCCACAGUGCAGAGAACAACAUGGAAUUGUGCCAAUGAGUACUUGGGUGGAGCUUAGUGAAAGCAUUUAGCAUGCAGCCCAAAUAGGCAACAUCAGAGUAAUGAACACGGGAAUCAAAAGGCUCUUGGACCCUCUCAAAACAAGUUAACACCUCUUAAAUUAGAUCUUCUCUGUAAAGGUAUGGUUGUAACAAGCAAAUCUAGAAAGAGUGCAGCAAAGAGUUCGUCCAAGAGAAAGGGCAGGGUAGUCGGUCCCACCCUUCCACCUGGUAUGCAGAAAUCUUCUGACAGUGAUGACAAUAGUGAUGAGGGUCAGCUGACUGUCAAAAUGGAUUCUGAAUUGUCCCCAACAUAUGUUGUUCAUGAUGACGACGAUGAUGAUGACGAUGAAGAUGAUGAUGAUGGAGACAACCAGGGAAGGGGAAAUAUUGGUCCAAUGCCAUCUGAAAUGAAUCAAGAUGGCGAAGAGGUGGUCCAGGCUGCUGAAGAGUUUGAGAGACGAUCAAAAAGAAUGAAAGAUAAACUUACAGUCAAAGCUGAAGCUGAAGAAGGUCCUUGUAAAAGGGAGGAGUGGAUGACAGAGCUUCCCCCAGAAAUGGGGAAAAAUUUUGGUCUGCAGACACGUCAGUUUAGUAAAAAUGCUGGGGCCCCUGAAGACAAAGACAGAUCUGCUUGGACAGAAACUCCUAUUAAAAAAGAAAAGGAUAACGGUAAAGGAAAGAAGCGCAAGAGAGAAGAUGACAAAGUCACAAUGGCAAGGGAUGAUCAGAUGCAGCAGCAGGUUGAUGAAUACAAUAAAUCUAAACGUCCUGAGUCACUCAUGGACAUGCACUCAAAAAAACUGAAGAAGAAAAAGAACUCUGUUGCUGCAACAAGCACACCAGCUGACUCCACGCAGACAACUGCUCCAACAACCACUACUACUGCCCAGGCUCCACCAACCCAGCCUGUAGCUCAGAAUCUUCAGCCUGCACCACAGCAGCCUCCGCAGCAGCACAUACAGCAGUAUUACCAGAUAACUGAUGACAUUCGGGAAUCACUGGACCUGCUCACAGAGCAAAAGAAUACAGAGUUCUAUGCUACUGAGUUCAAUAAUGGGGAAUAUAAUGAGGCCAAACCAUUGGCUGACCUUCUGAUGAACCCGAACGUGGUGAGCUACAGUCAGGAUGGUGUCACAUUCUCCCAAGCUCAACCAGCCUUGAAUAGCCAGAUGAUUGCUCAGGCUUAUAGCCAUGCCCAGCAGCUGGCUUCAACACCAACCUACAAUCAAGUUAUUUCUAGUACCAACACAUACCAGCAGAGCAUCCCUGCCCAGCUGGCAGGCAACAUGAAUGUGACUUUAGUGGCUGCCAAUCAGGUGCAGGAUAACUCUUCUGCAAACAACCCCCAACAGACUAUUGAGGUCAAUGGUCAGCAGGUUCAAGCUCAGGUUGCCACUCAAGCUCAAAUCGCUAACCAGCAGGUCCAGAAUUAUGCUGAGGCUUAUGCUGCUCAGGUUAGUGCAGAAUCAGCUGUUGUCCAGCAAGGUGGUCAAGUGGUUACUUUUUCCUUGGCAGGUGGUCAGAACAUGAUCAUAGCUUCACCCCAUACACAGCAGGCAGGGCAGAAUUAUGUGAUUCAUUCUCAUGGCGCCCAUCAUGGUCAGAAUAUUGUUAUUGCUGCCCCAGGGCAGCAGGCCAUGUCUGGGAAUUUCAUUGUCAAGACAGAGGUAGAUGAAAUGGGACACAAUCUUGUUCUCACCCAGCAGAACUUACAGCAGGCUCUUGGCCAGAAUGUUGUUUUGACACCAGAUGGUCAGCUCACUACUGCAGGUGGAGAGAGUGUAGUUUUGACGACUGCUGAUGGGCAGCAGAGGCACCAGCUUCAAGCCACAAGACAGAUCCAGCCAAACCCUCAAGCACAGCAGCAGCAUCUCUUAGCACAAGGGAUCCCUCUCCAGGCUGGUGGGGGACACAUUCCCCAAGUGUCGUUAGUCCUUCCCCAAGCAAUGCACUCUCUUUUCGGCCCUCAGAUUCAACAAGCCCCUGCUGCACAGAUUACACCUCAGGCCUUCUUGCAGCUUGGCGCUAAGAUUGACAAAAUGACUAAUAUGAUCAAAGAUUCCCAAACCAUUCUGUUUGAUUUAAACAAGAGAGUUGAGAGAAUAGAGAGUCACCUCUUUCCCCAUCCAAUUGCCAUCUCAUCUGUUCAAGCUGCAGUUAACAAAAACAUUAAGCCAAUGAAUAAGCCCAAGCCUAUCAUCCCUGGAACGUCAAUGGCACAGAUGCCAAGCACUACCAUCACCAAUGCUGCAGUGACAAAAGCCAGCCUAAAAGCUGCCUUGUCUAACUACCUCACCAUCUCUGAAUAUACUGCCACAGAGGAACUGAAGAGGAGUGACUCCAACUCUGAUCUCUUCAUCCCUGUUGGUACUGUCUCUAUGGUGCCAGGCCAAGCAAUGAUGGAAGCACCUAGUCCUAGUGAAACACCAGAAACGGCUUCUAGCACAGUCCAGGAGCUGCCCAAUGAGCAGGAUAUGAUGCCUGUAGUUCUGGGCAAUGCCCAAACUUCUGACAUAAAUGUCCCAAUAGUGGAUAGCCAGAGUGGAAUAGCCGUCACUGUCUAUGAUGAAGGAAAUGAGAACCAAAAGUUUGAGCUGGGCCCUGGCAGCAGUAAAGAACCUAAUGCUCGAUUCUCGAAUACAUCCUCUAACCCCAAAACUGUCAUAUUGGAUCCUCGCUUCUGGGAAAUUUUGGUUGAGGAUUUUCAGAAGAAUAUGAGUUCAGACCAAAUCAUAUCUGCCAUGUCUUCAACUCGCAAACCUUUGGUUCGCAGCAUCGGCACAUCUGAAAUCAGCAUAUGCUCUACAGUCCUCAAAGAAGCAGAGUCUGCUUGUCAAGGGCGUAGAGAGCGUUUGGCUAAAGAGCUUGUUUUUCGCAUUUUCACCCUGGGUGAGGUGUACGACCGAAACGUUUCUGGUGUUUUCUACAUUAACGGUAAGAAGAUGGAAAACAAGAAUAAAGCCCUGGACCCUGCCAAGAUGGCAGCCAUUCACUAUCUGGUAAUGAAGUACCCACCCAGUGUGGUAGAUAACCCACGGCUGGAGAGGCUGGUGUGGAAAAACUGUGUGGACAGGAUCAAUGAUGCCCUGAGGAGGAUUUACAAUUGGAUCCACAAAAUUGUGGAUGUGAAUAAUAUCAUCGACAAGCUGCCAACUGAUAGCAUCAUGAUGCACUAAUUUAUGUGCAGACCCAAGCACAAGUACUUCUGAGUUAAAUUACCUGAUUUUAAACUUGUACCAAGAUAUAUGCUCUGUGAAAACAUUAAUCAAACAGAUCUUUAACUGGACAAGGAGGCUGACUUUAAUAUCUGACAAUACAUUUCAUAUAAAAACCCUCUGGAUUUAUUGUUUCAGAUUUUAAAGUGUUUUUUUUUCUUUAAUCAAACAACUUUGCAUAAUGACUAGAGCGAGUGCAUGAGGUCUGCACACUUGCACUGCUCUGUUAGGAUUCAUUCAACUAAGUGUGUGAACUCAUUUGGAGCAGCACUUCUUCUUAUCUAUUCCUGGAUACUAAUCUGGAUACUUUUGGUUGUUGUCUACAACUUACUGUGCAUUUAUUGAAUGACUUUUAAAAAAAUAUGUUGUGGUUUUUAUUUGUGUUAUUCCUAUUCUCACCCUCUCCAAUCCUGUGUAUAUUUAUGUAUAAUUUGGUGUAUUUGUUGUAUGUGUGACUUUUGGUUAUUGUAGAACAGACACUUGUUAGUUCUCUUGGUAAAAAAAAAUGUUUUCAUAUUAAAGAUGUAUAUAUAUAUAUAUAAAGGACACAUAAAGUUUAACUAUUCUUUGAUUGGAAAAAGCGACACCAACUAAAAUUCUUUUAUAGGUAAACAUUUCAACUAUUGUGGUAAAAUUUGUUUGCUAGUUUUUUGUUUUUUUAUUGUUGUUUUUUCCAUUUAUGUUACAUAUAUGGUAAAAGCUCAUUAGUAGAUCCUACCUUAACACUUUUUAUUCCUAAUGCCCCAAUGCUAAGCUUCUUUAUAUGUUAAAACCAAGUCUUUUUUUUUUUUGUCAGAAUGAUAAUAGAACUUAAAGCUAAUGCUAUAGCUUCUCAAUCUUACUAAAACAUUACCUUCAGAUUGCUAAUAAUUAGUAAAUGAUACAUGUUAGCUGAUUGCCAUGCACAAUCCCCAUAUAGAAUGUUUUUUAUAUUUAAUAAGAGCUAUAAUUGCCAUAGGUACAUUUGUAGAGUAUAAUAUAAGAUUUUUGUCAUAGAUUCAGAAAAAGCUUUAAUUUAAUAGUCUGGGAGUAGGCUAUAUACUUAGCUAAAUAAUAAACAUUGCCUGUAGCAGG